AUCCGGAAGCAAGUGCCCGUUGAUUCACCUCUGCACGCGCAGGUAGAGUCAAGUUUAGGUCGCUAAGACGCCUGGAUUUAAUAUUUCCAGCUGAAAUCGACAAUUGCCAUCAGCGCACGUGCUACUUUGUAUGGCCUAAAUGUCUGAACCGACCAAGGAGGGGUUUUCUCAGAUCGAGCUGAAUAAGACGGUAUGGGAGGUGCCGACCCGAUAUCAAAUGCUGUCUCCGGUUGGGAUGGGAGCGUAUGGGCAAGUGUGUUCUUCCCAUGACAGUCAGGUGGGAACGAAGGUGGCCAUCAAGAAGCUUGCCCGUCCUUUCCAGACAGCCAUCCAUGCCAAGAGAACGUACCGAGAGAUUCGCAUGUUGAAACACAUGCACCAUGAAAAUAUAAUUGGUUUGUUAGAUCUAUUUACACCUCAGACGUCAUUUGAACGCUUCCAGGAUGUAUAUUUGGUAACCCCAUUGAUGGGUGCCGAUCUGAACAAUAUCCUGAAAACACAGAAGCUGAGUGACGACCAUGUACAAUUUCUAGUCUAUCAGAUACUCAGAGGGCUCAAAUACAUUCAUUCAGCAGGCAUAAUACAUAGGGAUUUAAAGCCAAGUAAUAUUGCUGUAAACGAGGACUGUGAACUGAAGAUUCUGGACUUCGGCCUGGCCCGCCACACGGAGGAUGAGAUGACGGGGUACGUGGCGACACGGUGGUACCGGGCGCCCGAGAUCAUGCUCAACUGGAUGAGAUACACACAAACAGUGGACAUCUGGUCAGUGGGUUGUAUUAUGGCGGAGAUGCUGACCAGCCGGCCCCUAUUCCCCGGAACAGAUCACAUCGAUCAACUGAACAAAAUCCUGUCGCUGGUUGGCACGCCUGGGCAUGAGCUGCUAGACAGUAUAGAGAGCAAAGAUGCCAGGAAUUACAUUGCAUCAUUACCAAAGUGGAACAAGAAAGACUUCAAGGAACUGUUCAUAGGAGCCAACCAGGACGCUAUCAAGUUGCUGGAGAUGAUGUUAAACCUGGAUGCCAAAAACCGCCUGACUGCGGAGGAGGCACUGGCACACAAGUAUCUAGCUCAGUACGCUGACCCAACUGAUGAGCCCACAUCGGAACCUUUUGACUGGGGCUUUGAGGACAGUGAAUACACUAUACCAGAGUGGAAAAAUUUAGUAUAUCAGGAGGUAGAAGUUGGGCAUUUAAAGACAGUGGACUGAGUCAGUCAGUGAGACUUGCCAGCAGUGGAGGAAGAGCUACCUCCGGAGAAAUCAUCCCCAGUCAUUACUCUUCAUGUCCAUCUUCAUCUCUGCAUGUGCUCGGACUUCAUCACCUUCCUCAUCACAUGGCCUGCCACUAGACAGUAGACACCACACAGUGUGACACAAGUCACGAGACAAAGGACACCUGUAGACACAGUGUGACACAAGUCACGAUUGUAUUGUUUGGAGGUCGGCUGCAGUUGGACAGUAUUCAAGUUGAAAUGGAACAUGGAGGCUGGUUUAGUUUGUGGCAGGGUAUUAUCAACGUGGUAGUUUCUUUUUCAGAUUUGUAUGUAAACAUGACCUACACUCUUACAUCAAUCAUAACUGUGAUACUUAUCAGAGAUUUUAUCAAACGUUUUAUUGUAAAGGGAAUUAUGACGCAUCAUGAUGACAUUUUGUAUUUGUCCCAGGUUAACAACUUGUUUCAGACUGUCUGUUAGAAACGAAAACAACAACAAUAAUUUUAUGUACAAUUAAUAGUUUUGUUGCCACUGAUUUUGGGGUGUGGGAUUGGAAGGUCAUGGGGUUGAAAAACGCACACACACACACCUUUUGGAAUAACUCCUGGCCCCAAAUGACAUGAAGGAAAGAAAAAUGAACUUUGUGUUAUUAAUAUACACAUGCGCACACGCACACGCACAGAUCUUCAAACUUCAAAAUGUGAAACCCCGUCCUUUAAAAAGGUUGUUGUUCCACCUCUGGAUGUGUCAAGAUGGUUCCUCAUUCUCAUUUAAAGAGAUAUUAUUUGGGAUGUGCCUUAUCUGACAUGUGUGACCUUGCAGUCAAUGCAACGGAAGAUGUACUUAAAAGAUUGGAUUUACUGCCUGUCUUGAUGUGCAUUGUGAUAGACGUGUGGCAUGAGCUCAGUACUCUAAGGUUGUAGUGACACAACAUCUGUACAUGUUGUUCCUUAGUGACACAACAUCUGUACAUGUUGUUCCUUAGUGACACAACAUCUGUACAUGUUGUUCCUUAGUGACACAGCAUCUGUACAUGUUGUUCCUUAGUGACACAACAUCUGUACAUGUUGUUCCUUAGUGACACAACAUCUGUACAUGUUGUUCCUUAGUGACACAACAUCUGUACAUGUUGUUCCUUAGUGACACAACAUCUGUACAUGUUGUUCCUUAGUGACACAGCAUCUGUACAUGUUGUUCCUUAGUGACACAACAUCUGUACAUGUUGUUCCUUAGUGACACAACAUCUGUACAUGUUGUUCCUUAGUGACACAACAUCUGUACAUGUUGUUCCUUAGUGACACAGCAUCUGUACAUGUUGUUCCUUAGUGACACAGCAUCUGUACAUGUUGUUCCUUAGUGACACAGCAUCUGUACAUGUUGUUCCUUAGUGACACAACAUCUGUACAUGUUGUUCCUUAGUGACACAGCAUCUGUACAUGUUGUUCCUUAGUGACACAACAUCUGUACAUGUCGUUCCUUAGUGACACAACAUCUGUACUUGUUGUUCCUUAGUGACACAACAUCUGUACAUGUUGUUCCUUAGUGACACAACAUCUGUACUUGUUGUUCCUUAGUGACACAACAUUUGUACAUGUUGUUACUUAGUGACAAAAUAUUUGUACAUGUUGUUACUUAGUUAGACAUUUGUACAUGUUGUUACUUAGUGACACAACAUUUGUACAUGUUGUUCCUUGGUGACACAACAUUUGUACAUGUUGUUACUUAGUGACACAAUAUUUGUACAUGUUGUUACUUAGUGACACAAUAUUUGUGAUUCAAUUUCAUGAUCAUGGUUAGAUAUUUUGAAAGACAAUUCACUGAAGGUUACAUUAGCCAGUACUUGACUAAAGGGAAGGACUUACUGAAAUUGUAUGGAUAUUGUACAUUUGGCACAACUUUGAUGGAAAUCAGAUUUCCAUAUUGUGUUCUGCUUUGUAUUCAUUAUAGAAACUUAAAAUCUUGUUGAAUACAACUGGCAAGAUGGUGGCAUUCCUCAAGUAAAUGUUAUGUAUAUCCAAAUGUUUUAUACAUGGCUGGAAUAUUGUUAUGUCAUUGGCAUGUGGAUAGACAGUUCCUUGAAGUGGAGUCGAGAGUACAGAGAUUGAGAGUAUUGUCAUGAAUGAACUGUGAAAACAGUGUUGUCAGAGCAAGGGGAGACAUUGACUCGGAGUAAGAUGUAUGUAAGGUUAUCUUGUCUGAGUGGCAGGUUAGCCCAGUGGAGAAGGUGUUUUCUACAUCACUAGGUACAGGUUCAGUUCCAGAUAUGGUUCAUUAUAUGUGGUUCAUGGUGCCACCUUGCCCCAUCCAACAUUUACAAAGGUAGGGCUGUCAUUGCCCUGUCUAAGCCUCACAUAGAAGGAAUUGCAAUAUUAUGGAAUCUUUUGAUCUAGACAUUACAUGAUGUGGUCGAGAUAUAUCCACUGAAAGUUAAGUCAGUUGAACAAAUUGUUUCACUGUGACGAGUCUGUAAAAUAGGCAGGCGUCUAUGACCUGUGAAAAUGGAAAAACUGGAGGAAUGUAUGUGCAGUGAUCACGUACUUGCAGAUUGCAUAUUUUGAGGUGGAUCGGUGCCACUUGUCACGUCCAGGUCCAGUAGGGGCAGUCAGGUAGCCUAGUGGUUAAAACGUCUGCUCGUCACGCCGAAGACCCGGUUUCGAUUCCCGACAUGGGUACAAAGUGUGAAGCUCAUUUCUGGUGUCCCCCGCCGUGAUAGUGCUGGAAUAUUGCUAAAAGCGGCAUAAAACCAUACUCACUCACUCACUCCAGGACCAGUAAAUGACAGCCCUAGUUGUUGUAUAAAAAGCUGCAUUCAACUGGUCAGUCUCCAUAUCCAUAUGUAUAUGUAACUCAAUUUGUUGAUGCCUCAUCUUUCUAUUGUAGCUGAGUUCUGUAAUGGUCUUGAAUAUUAAGGUUAAAAAAAUACUGAUUUAAUAUUGAUGUUUAGCUAGUGAUGAUGUGUUUAGCAACUGGGUAUAGUUGCCAGGCUGAAUGCUGUACAGAGUCCUGCUGUCACAACCAAUGCUCAAGGCAUCAAGUAUUAUUGGUCGCUGGAGUGAAGCUCAGCUUAUUUCCAAUCUGAUUGUGUAGUUUAAAGGAAAGAAGGUUAUACCACAACAUAUUAAUUAUUUGUCCUUCAUGCACUAAUCAAGAAAGGGUCUGUCCCCAAGUGAGUCAAACCCAUUACAUGUAUAUACAGUGAAACCAUGUCAAUUUGGCGGUACUGUACCAUGUGAAACAAGUACCGAUUAACAAGUUUCUGGAUGAACAAAUUACGAAAAUGGAGUAAUAUUCCUUUGGGUGUUCACAUCUCUCCAGGUCAAGACUAAAAGAUUUCACUUCACGUAGGGUUCAGACGAAUGAGGUUUCACUGUAUGCAUGGUCAAGACUAACAAUGUUUCAGCAUAUGAAGGGUCCAGAUUAAUGAAGUUUCACAGUUUGCAGAGUCCAGACUUAUGAGGUUUCACUGUAUUCAGGAUCCUGACUUGCAAGGUUUCACCGUAUGUGUAUCAUACAGGUCUGAUGUAGUCAACAGGAGUGGUUAACUACAACACUUAGUUUAGAAAUGAGGAGUUUUCACCCAGCCCAUGUCAAUUAAUAUGUAUAUUUGAAAGUAUAUUUUCAAUGAAACCCAGAUGUACAUAAUAAAUUUUCUGCUUUUGUCCCAAAGUAAAUGUGAAUGGUGUUUUAUGACUUUUUAAUGGACUGGUUCCUUGCAAAAUGUCUGAAGAUCAAUUGCACAAAAUGGAUUAUAUUUCGCUCAAUAUUUAAUUUUACACUAUUGUUUGAAAAGAAUAAAAUAUGAAUCUUGAAAUAGAUGGAGGUUUUCCUAUAUAAGAUAGAAUGUUAUGCUUGAGAUAUUGUUUUACAAUCUGAAUACGUAUGUUGUGUUAUGUCAGGGAUAGUUUGAGGAAUGCAAUAUUUAAAACUGGCAGCUUUUGGGUGACAAUUGCAGAAAUUGACAUUGCUGAAAUGGCAUUGCUGAAAGUGGUUGGUCGCUCUUGCACCAUCUUGGCCAGGUUUGAUGCCUGUGUACAAACAUCAUGAAGCUGAUUCUAAUUGGUAUUACAAGUGAUCUCAUGAAAUAAGAAUAAUGACACAUGGUAUCUUGGGGGAUGAAAUGGUAUCUUCUAGUUAGAUAUGCCUUUUGUCCCCAACCACACUGCCUGAGAGACCGGCAUCCGACUGGGUAAGUGAGACUAAGGGCAGAUAAUCAGGGACACUAUUUUCAUUUUAACGAUGGCUCAUGUUUAAACAUGGGGUACUGAGGAGCGAGCAUACAGGCGAAUGUACUCACCAGGCUCUUUUGUUAAUUUAUCAUUUAAAAUUUCAGAACAAUAUGUUACUUCUGCCAAGUGUGUUAACAAAUAAUCAGAAAUAAGCCUAUUGGUAACAUAGCAACAAAAUCUGUUAAAAUAAAUACAAAGAUUCUAAGAAAAGAAAAGAAGUAAAAAAACAAAACAAAUGAAAUCAAUAUGAAUAAAUGGUAAGUUCUGAGAAACUCUUUGACCAGUAUAAUUUUUUUUCUCAUUUCUUUGCUCGGUUUAAAUCUACUGAUAAUACAUUGAGAAAAUAUAUAAAUUCUUUCUGUUUUAAGAACACCAACUGUUUUGAGUUGAAGGAAAAGUGUAUCUGUAAACCAAGAAACAAAUAAAGGCUGUGAGAGAAUUUGAAGGCACCGGCAAACAUUCAGUGGUAGGUUACUUCAUUAUUUAUAUAGCAUACUGAAACACAUUUGUCAUCACCAAAUUCCAUUCAGUGAUCAUAAUAUGGGGUAUAUUCAUGGCGUCACCAAGCAUAGAUUAUGUGUUCAUCUUAGUAAUUGUACAUAUGUGUAGACACUUUAAUCAAGACAUCACCAAAUUGCUUCGUUUGUACAUAGAUGCCAGCACCUUUUGUUGUCAGUCUCAUUAAAAUUAGAUAUUUUUCUCCGAUUUGAUGCCUCUCUCGGCGUUAAGAACUAUAUAACUCUCCAUAGGUCACGUCCACUAAACCCUAAAGUGAACUUGCAUGGGUGUCAGAUGUCAACUGGCUAAAACAGUUUGGCUUCAAAGUACAACUUGUGGCAUUGGAAGUUCAUUACAAUCAGAUUUAUAAACGUUUGUUGAAGUACAAAUGAAAUUUUAGCUGAAAGAAAUUUGUAGGUUGUUGCUUUUAACACGGGAAGCAGUGAAGUAAGAUAAAUGCAACAUACACCAGUAAAUAUUUUUAUUUGUAUAUUAUUAUUUUUUUAGUUAGUCAAUUAGUGCUGCCAAUGCUUGUCAUAAAAGACGACUAACGAGGUAGGGCAGUCAGGCCAGCUGUUUUGGUUGAUGCUUGUCAUCGUAUCCCAGGUGCAUAGAUCAAUGCUCAUAAUGUCAAUCACUGGAUUGUCCCAUCAUAUAGCUGGAAUACUCAGUACAGCAUUAGACAACAAACGAGAAGUCAGUAGCAAGUUGCUGUAGCAAGUUCACUCAUGGAGGAUUUGCCAGAUUUUGAUGGAGAGGUGUUGAUUCGAUUGAGAGUAAAGGAUCUGAUUUUAAAGAGAUUGGUUUUGUCAUCCUUCACUUGUGAACUUGAUAAACCUACAUGAAAAUGAAAUAAAAAUCCCAAUCUGUGAAGGAUGAGAUUGUUUGAACUGUAUACUCAUGGAAUUUGUUUGUAUCAAUUACAUUUGCACUUUCUUUCAGACCUAGUUUAGCCUUCACAUUAGACACAAUAACUGUAUAACAAUUUUCUGGUUCAAUAUAAGAUAAAGCCACGCAAAGACGUACAUAGAUGUAUAUACGUUCGCGAGCCACAUCAUCGAUGUCCAUGUCUCUCAUUUGAAACACAAGCCCUGAAUACACAAAAAUUGUCAUUUCAAAUUUUAUUAUUUAUUAAAUUAGUUUGAACUUUUGGCAUUUGUGCUUUUGUUAUUCACAAUUCACCACUUAAUGUGUAAGUUUGACAGAUAGAAAUAUUUGUGUUAUUUUAUAUUUACCACUGAAUUGUAUUUUGCUAUUAUUUGCUUUUUAUUUGUCAUGUCUUUUGGCUACCUAUCUAUCAGCCUUAUGUGUAAUAAUUAUGUGAGACAGUGACAGUGAAUAUGGGUUUGUAGAACUGAGGUGAUUUUGUUUAAAGAACAAAAAGAAUAUAUAAUAUUUUCCUGGCAUAGAUCUAUCUUGAGCUGGAUAGGAAAAAGAACUAGAUAAAAACAAAAUCAUCUCAGUUCUAGCCCCUGUGAGAUGGAGUUUUAAAAUGCUGUUGUAGUUCGUCAGCAUGCUGAGAAUGGUUAGGCUUGGACUGAAAGAAUGCAAUACUUGUAGGAUUAGGAAGUCAAUAUUUGUGUAAAUAUUUAUCAAAUUAGCAGUGACGAUAUUGAUUUGCAUUUUCCUCACAGAUCGUAUGUGUUUAUUUAUAAUCCAUCAUUAUAAACUGAUGUCUUUUUGUUAAGUGUAUGUUUGUUACUGUGUGUAUAUUUGCACAAACCUUUUCCGUAGAUGAGCAAGUCCGUGGUCUCAGUCAGUAGACAGGAGCUGAUACAGGAAGUGGUUUUGUUUCUUCGGUUUCUCUCUGUUUAGCAACCUUGAUACAAGACAUCUGAACUAUGCAAUUUCAAUCAGGUAUCACACUUCUUGACAUUGGGUUCCUACCUUCUGUGUUGUAUUGCAUGUGUAUUUCAUGUUACGUUCAUGUCCCAUGGCAUGUCAACAUUCAAAGGAAGCAGGUUGACCUGAUCACAACUUUGCUUUGCAUCAAAUACAGCCAUUUUUUUUAAAAUUUGUUGAAUCAUGUAGCCACCGAUCUUGUUUUAUAAAAAAAAAAAUCAAAAUCCUUUUUCUGUUGACACUCCAUGCACAUGGGAUUCCCCAAGUAUUUGUUUAAAUAACCAAGAACAAGAUAAGCAGGCACAAAUCAGCGUCAAACAGUAGUAGCGUAUUCUGUGCAUAAUAAAUGCAGAUUUUGGCCCUCAUCCUUGAGAAAAGCGGUUUUUUCUCAGGCUUAUUGAAUUCAGAAUUCAAUGAUCUUCCUACUUCUGACUUAUUAUUUGAUAAAUUAAGAAUGUAAUGGCCUACAACUGUUAUUUCAAAACAAAUCGGCUGCUGCUGUAGCUGGUGUUGCUACUCUAGGAACCAUUGCCACUAUUCAGUUGCCAUCAGAAGAAUACAUGUACAGUGUUAAUGUCUAUGUGUUUUGUUCGUUCAUUUUCUUAAGCACAUCAGUGUCAGCGAUAUGACCACAAAUGCUAGUAUUUGAAGAAUCAGUGUAUUGAAUUUGUGUGUAUGUGUGUAUUUGCAGACAAAACAAACUCUUUUUGACAAUGCAUAAUGUCUUGUUCUUUUCACAAGUUGUUAUUCAAAAGAUAAGGGUAAAUUACUUGAUUUUCUUUAAAAUCAUUUCCGUUUCAAUAUUCAUCAGGGAUAUUUCUAACAAAAGACAAAUCAUUAAUACGUCAUGAUUUCUACAUUAGUCUAAUUUAUCUUUAAGCUGUAUGCCAUUAAGAUUCCUCACAAAGUUUUGACAAUAUUUUGAAACAAGAAGACAAAACAAAUAUGAAUGAUCAUCAUUCACUUAAACCAUAGGGAUUAUCAAAUAUGAUGUAGUGGUUGGUUUCAAACACCGCAUAUAGUUAUCAAUAUGAAAUGUGAUUUUAAGGAAGGACGUGUAUUUACGUUCUCUGUAGAAUUUGUGUCAAGCAAUUUGUAUGAGAAUUGAAACACAAGCAGUUUAUUAUAUUCCCAUAUCAAAACAUUCACACAUUUGAAAUGAACUUAAAUAUGCCUAGUAAAAUUCUCAUUGUAUCUAUGGCUUAUCUUUUGUUAAGGAGUUUCAAAUAUAUUUUUAAAACAUGGUUACUUCAACAAUUUGCUACUUAACAUGGAGAAGUAAGUGAGUAUUUUCAUGUAUAUCUUGUAUUGUACAGAUGACUCCAAUAAAUAUGUUCUAGAACUUUU